AACCCAUAAAUCCCAAUCGUCCCAAUUCCCGAACCCUUGCGCCCUUUUUCCUUCCUCAUCUAAAACUAGGACCAUCGAGAGCUGUGACUGUGAGAGCAUCAGCUAUGGCGAGCGGAGACGUAGAAACGGUGGACUUCGAGCCCGAAGAUGACGACCUCAUGGACGAGGACGGAGCCGUCGACGCCGAGCCCUCCGCCUCCCCCAGGGCCCCACUCCCCAAGCUCAAGUCCGCUAUCACCGGCGUUGGAGCGGCGUCCGCCGUCCCUAAGAAGACCAAAGGUCGCGGAUUCCGUGAAGAUCUCAAUGCCGACCGUAACAGCCGCCUCGCUGCCUCCGACUUCGACUCUCUCAACUCUUCUGACGGCCUCGAACCCCAACGAUCCGUUGAGGGAUGGAUUAUUCUGGUCACUGGGGUACAUGAGGAGGCCCAAGAGGACCACCUACAAGAUGCAUUUGGUGAAUUUGGGGAGAUAAAAAAUUUGCAUUUAAAUCUUGAUCGCCGCACUGGGUUUGUGAAGGGAUAUGCACUGAUUGAAUAUGAAAGUUUUAAAGAGGCAAAAACUGCGAUCGACAAAAUGAAUGGAGAGACAUUACUUACACAAGUUUUAACUGUUGAUUGGGCCUUCAGCAAUGGAUCCUUCCUUGAUGGAUCCAGGAAGAACUCAAGACCACUAAGAGAACGUCGCUCAAGGAGUCCUAGGAGGAGAUACUAAUGUGGCGUGCGCAUUUAUAUCGUGAGGGGACAUUGAUUUCAAACAGGGGGUAGGAUAUUUAAAACCUCUAGUUAUUGGAGCUUCGAGGUGGUGUGUGCAAUUCACCUGUUUUAUGGCCCCCACUUCUUUCCUACCGUGGUUUCAAGUGAUGAUUUCCCGGUUCAGAGAUUUGUGUUUGUUAACAUGUGGAUGUUUCCUUGGUGUGAUUUACUUUUUAUUCGACUUUGAAGCUGCUUGCUAAGACCAUGAAUUUUGUAACUUCAGUGUAGUUUAACCUUCUUUCAUCUAUCAUGUUUUGUUUUUUGUU